AAAGUGGAUGGCGGGGCGCAGUAGGAUGACAAAUGGCGGUGGUUCGGGAAGUGAUAACGACUCAUACUGACAUAAGGGACUUGGAUCUGGUACUCAGAGCUCACAUAGGAGAAAUAAAUCUAAUGGAGAACGGAUAACCUUGAACUUCCGUAGUUCCCAAGGUCCGAUACAGGUGGAGAACAGGCGCUCCGAUACCAUCAGAGACGACUCCGCUAAACUUCCAAAUCUCCCUAAAUCUGAACCCUCUCAGCGAAAACAAAAAUCCAAAAUCACCCAGGAAAACAAUUCCCAUAAAUCAUCGAAAUCCGGGAAGAAAAAAGAAAAACCCGGAAGUAAUUCCAAUGGGAAUAGUUCUAAGUAUUCCCAUCUUCCAGUUUAUGACAAGGAGGAAGAACGAAUAAAAGCAAAGGAGCGGGAACAGAAAAUCUCUGAAAUAUUCUCCGAUAUGAAUGGUAAACUGGAAGAUAUUACUGGUUUAACAAGUUCUCAUAUGGAGAAGAGAGGAGUAAAAUUAAUCCAAUCCGCUCCCACUCCUUUCGAUGACCCUGAGUCAAACCUUCCUUCCUCCUCCAAUAUUGGAACCAACCUGAAGAAAAAUAUUCCUCCUGAACCCCAGGAUUUACACACCAUUAGGUACAAUAAAGGGGUUCUCCUACCCCGUAGCGCUGAGGACCAGACCCAAGUAGAAAUAGACAAACACACAACCACAGACAAACAAUCGACCCUCAUUCAAGAUGUAGAAGAAAGUUUCAUCAGUGAACAUACAACAACAACUAUAACAUCAAAUACAUAUAGGCUAGAGCAGGUUGAACCUGAUCCGAACACUGAGUACGCUUUAGUACAGAAGAAACCGUCCUUGUCCUCUCCGAACCCUGAGAGCAAGGAUGAGGAAAAUGACGAAGAUCUCACAUAUAAGAAAUUAGGACGAAAACUUCAGAUUCUAACUGAAAAGAUGGAGUCUGCAGCUAGAGAUUUGAACGAUAGACCAGAUAUUCCGUUUAUUGAUUCUGAAGAUACAGAAACUAGAUUAGGUGCUCAGCUGGAUUUGAACCUGGAGUCCCUGCUGAGUGAGAACCUGGAUCUCGGGAUGAAGGUUGAGAAAAUUCAACUUGAAACCUCAGAAAGAGGUCAUUCAUCAGCCUCCAUAGUCGUAGCUCACAGGAAAUGUCGAGGGACAGAUACAGUUCAUAUGAGCACAAAGACACUGCAGAGAGAAUACAGUGACAUCUAGCGGCAAUCAAAUGUUUUGAUAAAUUUUCAUUCUUUCUUUAUACUAUACCCGGUCAGUGCUAUUGUUUAUUCGAGUAAAGUUAGAGGACAACCUAAUCCAGCCAGUGUGUGACAAAAUUAAUAAAAAUAUGUAAAAUAAAACAGCUUUGUAAUAAAAUUCGUAAAAUAAAAAACGGAAAUGAG